AUGAGUAACCAUCCCAGAGUUCUAGCUAUAGCGGCAAGUAAUUCGUUUAAAUUACUUUUAGACUGUGGACUAUAUUUUUUUAAUGAUGAUGAUGAUAAUGAUAAUGACGAGGAUUUAACCUGUGAGAAAGAGGUUCCAAUCAGGAUCAAAAACUACAUAGAAAAUGUUGUUGUUCAUUAUUCAGAUAAUGUAUUUCAAAGCCAUUUUAGAUUAUCCAGAUCGGUGUUUUAUAAUACUCUAAUACCCAUGAUAGAAAUAAGUCAAAACAACACAACCGAUAGAGCAAAAAAAACAGGAAGACCAGAAAUUCCCAUUGAAAAACAGUUAUUGUCAGUCCUUUGGAUACUUGCCACUCCAGAUUCGUAUAGAUCAGUCGGAGAAAAGUUUGAUAUGGGCAAAUCAUCACUGUCAGUAUCAUUUUUCAGAAUUAUUAAUUUAAUAAUAAUGAAUGCUUCCAAUGUUAUAAUUUGGCCUCACGGAGAAGAGUUGGAACGGCAAAAAGAAUUGUUUUUUCGUAUGGCAAGUAUCCCAAAUGUCAUUGGAGCUGUAGAUGGUACUUUGAUUCCCAUAAAGGCGCCAAAAGAAGACCCAGAAGUGUAUGUAACACGAAAAUGCAAUUAUGCAAUUACCUUGCAAGCAAUUACAAAUGCCGAACUAAAAUUUACCGAUGUUUUUGUUGGCUAUCCGGGUUCUGUGAGCGACACUCGUAUAUUUCGAAAUUCAGACAUAUAUGUGAAUAUUAUGAAAAAUGAAAAAUUUUAUUUUCCAAAUGACGAGCAUAUCUUAGGCGAUAAAGCAUAUCCUCCUCUUACAUGGUGUGUUGAACCAUACAUUAACAGGGGUCGUCUGACUGAAGCUCAAAAAAACUUCAACUUCAACAUUUCUAGAACUAGACAAACUGUAGAACGGUCGUUUGCUUUAUUUUUUGGUAGAUUUAGACGGUUUAAAUACCUAGAUAUGUCAAGGACUGAUUUCAUCCCAUCCACGGUUCUGGCAGCAUGUAUAUUACAUAAUUUGUGUUUAAAAAACAAGUCAAAUGUUAAUGUAAAUGACUAUAUUGAAGAAGGGAUGAAUUUUUUGAGAGACCAAAGAACUGAAUGUUUAAAUCCUGCAAGAGAAUCAUCAGAAGAUCACUGCCGCACAGAUGGAAAAUUAAAAAGAGAUACAAUGUGUGAACUUUACAAUGCUUAA